ACCGUGAAGGCGGCCAUUUUGAAUCGCAGUCUUCUCACGCACCCACCCACUACUUUCGGUUUCGUUAUCGUUGUUUUGAAGACUACGCACGUGCUUGUUUGAACGUGGGGAUAAAUAAUUUAAAUUUUUGCCGUACGGGAGGUGUUUGACAUGAGUGUAGGUCGUAGUAGGCAAUGUUGGUAACCGUACCAUAGAGAAAUAAAAAAUACCGUAGAGUAGGUGCAGUGUCCAUAAUUUGUCGCCAGCGUCGCCUUCACAUGUGCUUGUCCAACGGUCUGCAGACUCUCCUGGUACGGAAAGGAGGCAUUUGAAUGGACAUGCUGCAAACUCUUCAGUACGCUCAAGCCAGUGAAAGUUGCGAUUGAGGUACUGCAUACGCUGUAUUGGCCAACCGAAUUUCGGAUUAACUUAAUUAAAUUUAGCAGAAUUUCGAAACCACAAUGAAUCACAAGGACAUGCCAAAGUUGUCCGUGACCGCGCAGUUCGACGAUUUCUGUCGCAAGUUCACUGGCGAUGACGACGAAGUAUUGAGCACAAUGUUAGAUUUUGUGAGAAACCAGGAAGUGUGCCGGCAGCGAUGGGAAGCAGCAGAAAAGUGUUGCAGCAGACUCACGGAAGACAAUGAGUCUCUGGUUCUGAUGAACUCGGAGUUGCAAGCAAAGCUGCAUUACACAAGGGAUGUGCUUGAAAAGGAGGUCCAGAGAAAACUGAAAUGUGAAGCUCGCCUGGAAGCCCUGCAAGCACAGCUGGACCAAGUCCGCUACUGCGUCUUUGGCCAAGGCUUUCAUAACAGGGAGCACCACAUGGUCAGAAUCUUGAAGAACGUCCUAAGUCAGGAUAAUCUUGUGAGCACCGUGGCCGACAAGUCAGUGCAGUCUGUGCUGUCCCCAACAAGCACCACCUUCUCAAGCCUGGCGCAUCACAGUGAAGACAUUGCAUCGAGGGAGAUUAGCAGGGAUGCUCGCCACAUGCUGCUUGGUAUGCAGGCGACACAGUCUCCACUUCCUGUGGCAGGACCGAGGCACCUCUCUUCUGGGCAAGCUCUUUCAGGAGCUGAGCCUGCUGGAUCUGUCUCUUUUCGGCCAGUCUCUCUUGGGCCACUAUAUUCUGGAGCUACUGCUGCUGCAUCUGUUCCUGCUAGACCCGCCCUGCCUGUAACCGUACCAACGGCACGAGCCCCUUCUGGAGCUGUCCCUACUGAAUCUGUUGCUCCAGGACCAGCCCCGCCUCAAUCUGUACCAGUGGUACUGGUCGCUUCUAAGGCUCUCUCUUCUGAAGCUGUCUCUUCUGGAGCUGUCUUCUCUGGUGUUGUUACUUCUGCCUCUGUCACUCCUGGACCAGCCCUAUCUGGAUCAGUACCAGUAGUACCAGACCCUUCUGCAGCUAUUUCUUCUCGAGCUGUCACUUCUGGAGCUGUGUCCUCUGGUGUUACCUCUUCUGGAUUUGUCACUAAUAGACUAGCCUCGCACGGAUCUGUACCAAUGGCACCAGUCUCUUCUGGAGUUAUCCCUUCUGGUACUGUCACUUCUAGGGCUGUCUCCUCUGGAGUUACCUCUUCUGGGCAUGCCACUCCUGGACGACUCUCCUUUAAGCCAGUCCCUCCUGGAGCUGCUCCUAUUUACUCUACUCCCCCUGGGCAUGUCCUCUCCAGCUCUGUACCUCUGGAACCGGAUCCUUCCGACGCUGUCUCUUCUGCAGCACGUGUUCCUGCCACAUCUGCUUUACGUGCCGGAUUUGUCAAUGCCAGAUCCGUCCGUACCGGAUCUGCCCGUGCUCUAUUUGUUUCCACUGGGUCUACUCCUCCAGGCCCGGUCCCUCUUCCGUGGGGUCCCGCUGGGUCUGCCAGCACUGGGCCUAGCCAUUGCGGAUCGGUUCCCUCUAAACCUGGACCCCUCCCUUCUAAGCAUACUGCUGCUGAACGAUGUUCUUCUGGGCUUGGCCCUGCUCCUGCCAAAGUCCACUUUGAGCUCUCUGGUUCCCAGAGGACAAGCACUCGCGGCAGUUCCCACGAGACCAGUGGGCGUGGCGAGGUGUUUGCCACGACCAUGACUGUGGUGGCGGGGGAGCCUGGCUACGUAGCAACAGUCACAUCCCAGAUGGAAGGCAGCAUCAGCAGCAGCAGCUCGUCUCACCAGCGAUUUCGGCGCAGUCGCAGUGGGCCAGCCCUACUUAUUCGGCACUCCCCAGAAAGCCACGGAGAAGCUGUGCCUUCGUCAAACCGUGUGCUGGACGAGAGCGGCCUGGAGGAAGAAUCGGGCUUCGUCUCGAGGCUGGAACACCUGGGGCCCCAGAAGCGCAGCACCCCUGUUCCCGACGCAUUCCAGCAGCAACAGCCGCACGCCUUCACCAGUCGGCCCGCCAUCAACCCCGAAAACUGCGUCGGGUGCGACAAACGCAUUCGUUUCUACAAGGCCUCCUUCCAGUGCGGUGCCUGCGGCAUCGUCUGCCACCCGGAGUGCAAGAGCCUUGUUCCACUUCCCUGUGGCCUUAGAGCACCACCUCCGGAGGCCAGAGGUGCAAGUGACAGCGCAGCAGCAAAGAGCAGCAUGGCGGGUGUCCUGACCGACUAUGCACCCUCCGAGCCACCGUUUGUGCCACCCCUGGUGGUGCACUGUAUUCGGGAGGUGGAGCGGAGAUGCCUCCAAGAGAGGGGGCCGCUCUACGGUUCAGCAGCGCCACCUGAGGAAGUGGAUGCGCUGCUUGGACGGUUGUUGAGUGGUCGAGAAUUGCCUGCUCUUAGUGGUCACAGCUUGCCAGUGGUGUGUGGAGCUCUGAUGAAAUUCCUGGCUGCCCUGCGGGAAACCAUUAUCACCAAGUCACUCUGGCCGUUAUUUGCCGAGGCUGCUGUGACAGGCGAUGAGGAUAAGGAGAACCGUGCGUGGAAGCUCCUAGACGCAACACGACGGUUGCCAGCUGCCAAUCGCGCCGUGCUGACAAGGCUACUGGUACACCUGCAAAGUGUGUCGGCCACAUCGCUUGGCGGCGAUGGCCGAUCUCUCGACGAGCUGGCAACUGUGUUUGCACCCGUGGUGGUGGGCUGUUCCAAAAGCAACCCGACCGCCGAGGUACAUGAGCGGGACAGGCCCCUGCAGGAUCUGAUUAUGCACUGCCUCCUCGGUGUACCAGACGUGUAUUGGACGGACAAUGCUGCUGCUGCUGCUGCAGGCUCAGACCCAAACGAACCGGUGCAGCAGGAGGCAAGGCCAGGAACGCUGGCAGGCGAUUGCUGCACAGGGGGAUGGAAGGAGGCCAUCAAGAGCAAGCUAAGGCGAUCAAUCGGCGUGGGCUCCUUGGACACUGGAAAUAGGAAGUAACAGGGCCACACAGUGAUGUUUAAUGGCACUUUUUUUCCUUGUACACAAGCAAAGUUUUGCUUUUUAUUUAUUGACUGAACCGAUAUGUUUUAACUUAUACGAAGCCUGUACAGGCCAAGAGAUGUGAUACGCCUAGUCAAUAAACCAUUUUAUAGUUUCC